AGAAAACCCCGGCUGUUUACUGCCAUGACAGCAUAGUCCUACACUAUUUAAGACCUAAACGGGUUUAUUUAGCCCCUUUUAAGAGUUCAAAUGACGGUGGAGGAGAAAAAGGAUAUAUUUAGCCAUAUUCCCGAAUAUAAGUGACAGCGGAAGAGGAAGCGGAGUGAUUUUUAACAAACAUAAUCCUUUUAAUAAAAGUAAUCCUGUGUGCUUGAGAAAAUGAUCAGUCAAAUUUUCAUCUUGUCAUCAAAAGGAGAUCAUCUCAUAUAUAAAGACUUCCGCGGAGAGGCUAGUAAAGACUCAAUAAAUGUCUUCUAUGAGAUGGUCACAGCUCUCAGUGGAGAUCAGCCUCCUGUUGUCAUGACACACAAAGAUCUUCAUUUCAUCCAUGUAAGGCAGGGUGGACUGUACUGGGUGGCAUCAACCAAAACAAACCCUUCCCCUUUCACCAUAAUUGAGUUCCUUAACAGAUUAGCAGCUCUUACGAAGGAUUACUGUGGCAGUUUGUCAGAAAAAUCAGUGAGGAUGAAUUUCGCACUAAUUUAUGAGCUGCUGGAUGAGAUGGUGGAUUUUGGCUACAUACAGACAACCUCAACUGACAUCCUGAAAAACUUCAUCCAGACAGAAGCUGUUUCAUCCAAACCCUUUAGUCUCUUUGACCUCAGUAAUGUUGGAUUGUUUGGGGCUGAGACACAACAGAGUAAAGUGGCUCCUAGUGUUGCAGCAAGUCGUCCUAUAAUGUCCAGUCGAGGAGAGCAGGGGGGAAAGAAUGAGAUCUUUGUGGAUGUGAUAGAGAGGCUGUCUGUGGUUAUUGGCUCCAAUGGAGUUUUAAUGAAAUCAGAUAUUCAGGGAGAGAUACGGAUAAAAUGCUUUCUUCCAACCUGUUCAGAGAUGCGGAUUGGACUGAAUGAAGAACUCAAUAUUGGAAAGUCGCAGCUGAAAGGCUAUAGUUCGGCUGUACGUGUGGAUGAGUGCAGAUUCCACCAGGCAGUAAAACUGGAUGAAUUUGAUACUUUCCGAAUAUUGAAAGUUUGUCCAAGCCAAGGAGAGCAAACAGUGAUGCAGUAUCAGCUGUGUGAUGAGCUGCCGUGUGCACCACCAUUUCAGUUAUUCCCCUCUGUAGAGAAGGAUUAUGUGAACAGGGUGUUGAUCUUCCUUAAACUUCGAUGUGAUCUUCCACCUAAAAGUACGGCCCUUAAUGUUUCCAUCACUGUCCCAGUGCCAAAAGGAUCUGUAAGUAUGUCUCAGGAGCUCAGUAGUCCUGAUCAGACAGCUGAACUGCAGCUGAAGAACAAAGCCCUGCUCUGGGAGAUCCCACGUUUUCCAGGAGGAGCGCAGUUAUCAGCACUUUUCAAGGUGGAGGUUCCUGGACUAAGCUCUGCCUCUCUGCUGGAGGUCGGUCCAGUCAGUAUGUCAUUCGAACUGCCAAAGCAAACCUGCACUGGCCUUCAGAUCCGCUUCCUCCGACUCUCUCCAACACAGACUGGACUGUCACAACGCUGGGUUCGAUAUGUCACUCAUUCUGACUCCUACACCAUACGGAUCUGACCCAGCCAGAUGGAGAAAACAUUUAAUAUAUGCUGCAUAUCACUAAAGGUUGAAGAAGCAACUAUGUGCCUGACUAGUCCACAAAAGAUGUUUGAAAUGUCAUUUUAUUUUGAAAUUGGUGAGUAUAUUAACAUAUGGAGUUUACAGUUGUGACUUUUUUAUUUGAGAGAGACUGAACAAAGAGAUCUUUGGAGAUAAAAUAGUAUUGUGUACAGUUUUACUGUGAAAAAGUCCUAUCCUUAUGAAGCAUGGUCCAUUUGUAUGCCUUAUAUUAAAUAAAUUAAAAUAAUCCAUGUCAU